UGAGAGUAAAGUACCGGUGAAUGUGCAUGGUAGUCAGUAGGAGGGAGAUAAGUGGGAUUCCCGCCAUGCCGCUAAUAUAACCAGUUGCAGGUCUCCUGACUGUAUCAGUCCAUUGCAGUCUUCCUUCUCGUACCGACAGUAUCUUACUUAAACAGUAAAUAUGGCUACAAUCAAGAUACAGAUACUUACAGCUGCAAGUAUCCUGAUGUGUGUAACCCCCCUUGUGCUUAGUCAAGGUGGCUGCCCCGCCGUCUAUCCUCAGUGCAGAAACCAAGACUGGUACAUCGGCAUAGACAGAGUGAAUCCUAGUGGAGCCGUAGUCCAUGGUCACGCCAACAUCCCCGUCCACCAAGGUCCAUCCAGCAACGCUCACGCUCAAGUGAGCGGCUCCAGAGUGAUCGGAGGACCGUACAGUGGAGCGCAGACUGUCGGCGGCAAUCUGAACUACCAACACAGUAACGGCCUACACGGCAGUGUGGGAGCUACAAACACAAGAGGGGUGGGCAACUCCUUCAGUGGCACUGUAGGGGCCAGCGGGAAGUUGGGGCCUGGAACUUACACGGUAGGGGGUGGAGUUAACACACUACCUGGGUCCAGUAAGAUUCAAGGUCAAGUUGGAGCUACCUACUCUGUACCCUUGCAGUAAAACUUAAUUUUAUAUUUGGUGAUUUAUAUUUAAAUCGGUAUAUUACAAUUUCCUGGUAGGGGGUGGAGCUAAUACAGUUCCAGGCUCCAGUAGGGUUCAAGGACAAGUUGGAGCCACCUAUUCUAUACCUUGAUCGAAACUCUUCAACUGUAAGUGUAAUGAAACGUGCUGUGAAUCUAAUUGUACUUGAUAGUUCCCUAAUAUUUAGGGUUGUAUAAAUGUUUUAUAAAUUCUAUAUUAGAAGAAAAAUAUAUGUGUAAAUGCUA